AUGGCACGAUGCCCACGCACCAGAAUUAAAAAUAACAACUGGGGCGAGCCGUCGGCCUGGUUUGGCCAGCAGGGUGCGGGCAAUGUGGGGGAUGGAACCAAGACCUCGUUGCUUUUUCUCUCCCUGACCCGGCGGGCUUAGGCUUUCUGGGCCAGACGCCAUGGCACAGCGUUAGUUGGGGCCGGCGUUCUAGCUCAGGGUGAAACCGACUGCGCGAUUCGACGCCAUCAGACGAGGAUCAGAUGCUUAGCCCGGCCGUGGUGCCAGCACAUCGUGGCCGGCGGAAGAAUUCUUUUCAGUGCUGUGGGAGUGAGGCCCCCAGAGCCUUGCUGAGACGCUGCCAUUGGAGCCUUUUUUUUUUUUUUUUUUUUUGUUUUCUUUUUUUGUUCCCUUCGUAUCUAGAAAUGAGACGAGAAGAAAGGGACACACUGCUAUGCUAUUAUUAUCACGCCCCAACUUGUACUUUGGCUCUCACUGGCUGUGUCGAGCCCGCGCCCGUUGAGGAUAGGAGUAUUUGAGUUUCAAGAUAAUUCGCCCCCCAUCAUCCCGAUAUGCGGCAUCAGAAAUGCUAAACAGAGAGCUGGAGAUGAAUGGAAAGCCUAUUUGGCACCGUCAAAGGAUGCGAG